AUGCACGAUAACAGAUUGUGAUAACAGGGAGCAAAAUGGACCUCCCAUUUGGUCUCAUCGGCACUAUUGGAGAAGAUGACAACGUGUCUAUUGACUCUGAAGAAAGUAGUAGUGAUGAAGAGGCUGCCCAACCAAAGAAGGUGACUGGUAAACAGAAGAAGAAAGCUGUGGAUUUUUCUCAGGAUUUUGAGUUCACUAAUUCAUUAUCAGAUGACGAUGACCCGUGGUCAGCUGACCUCGUCUCUCACGCUUCAUCUCAGAGGGUUUCAACGUCUUUAGAACAGAAAAUAGCAAAGAUAAGAAGAGACAGAAAAAAGAAAGAGGCUGAAGAAAAGGACAAGAAUAAAGAGAAUCAAGGGGAUGAGAAACAGGAAGAUGGAGAUGAUGAUGACGAUGAUGAAGACGAUGAUGAGGAAGAAGAUGAUGAGGAAGAGGAAGAAGAUGAUGUCCAGGGCUUUGAUGACUUUGCUAAAUGGGACAAGGUUAAGGUCAAGGCAAACAGUGAAAAGAGACUGAAGAGAAAGAAAGGAGAGGAAGAAAAACCAUUCUUUGAGGAACUGAAGGAUGAUAACAAGGCUCUGUCGUUCACAGAGAUGAACCUGUCAAGACCAAUUCUCAGAGCUGUCAGCGGACUAAAUUUUACUGAACCCACUCCCAUCCAGUCAGCCACUAUCCCUGUGGCUCUUCUUGGUAAAGAUGUCUGUGCUUGUGCAGCGACUGGAACAGGUAAAACUGCUGCAUUCAUUCUUCCAGUGAUAGAGCGUCUGUUGUAUAAGCCUAAGCAGGCCCCGGUUACACGAGUCCUCGUCCUGACUCCUACCAGAGAACUCGGAGUUCAGAUCUUCAACGUCACAAGGCAGCUCUGUGAAUUCACCAAUAUUGAAUGCUGUCUUGCUGUUGGUGGUCUUGAUAUCAAACUUCAGGAGGCUGCAUUACGGAAGGGUCCUGACAUCGUCAUAGCAACACCAGGUCGUUUGAUUGAUCACCUGCAUAACGCUCCAACGUUCAGUCUUGGCAGUGUGGAGGUUCUUAUUCUUGAUGAAGCAGACAGGAUGUUGGACGAGUUCUUUGAGGAACAGAUGAAAGAGAUUAUUAAAAUGUGUUCCGUAGCAAGACAGACUAUGCUCUUUUCUGCAACAAUGACUGAUCAGGUCAAAGACCUUGCCAUGGUGUCUUUGAAGAAUCCAGUCAGGAUAUUUGUGAAUGAGAACACGGACGUAGCAUUUAACCUUCAGCAAGAGUUCAUACGAAUCAGAGAGAACAGAGAGGGCGACAGAGAAGCAAUUGUGUCUGCACUUUGUUGCCGAAACUUUCAUGAUCACUGUAUGGUGUUUGUUCAAACCAAGAAGCAAGCUCAUCGGCUUCACAUUAUUCUUGGAUUGCUUGGGAUCAAGGUUGGUGAGCUUCAUGGAGACUUGUCACAAGCCAAGAGAAUGGAGAUGUUGCGGAUGUUUAAAGAAGAUCAGAUAGAUAUAUUGGUGGCUACCGACCUUGCAGCUCGUGGACUCGAUAUCGAAGGUGUAAAAACGGUUAUUAAUUUCACGAUGCCCAAUUCUGAGAAGCACUACGUGCAUAGGGUGGGAAGGACAGCUAGAGCUGGUCGGAGUGGCAGAUCAGUAAGUCUUGCUGGUGAAAAGGAGAGGAAGAUGCUGAAGGAACUCGUCAAGAGGGCCAAAAAUCCAGUCAAGAGCAGGAUAAUACCCCAAGGUGUGGUGACCAAAUACCGGGACAAGAUCGCAUCUCUGGAGGAAGACAUCGAGGAGGUGCUGAGGCUAGAGAAGGAGGAGAAAGAGAUGAGGACUACGGAGCUCCAGCUCCAGAAGACAACGAUGAUGCUCCAUAACCAGAAGGAGUUUCUAAACAAACCCAAGAGAUCCUGGUUCCAGACCCACAAGGAGAGGAUGCAGGAGAAAGCUUCUUUGAGAUUAGAUGCGGGUACCAAGCCUGUUGCUAGUGCUAAGCACAAGACCAAGAAGAAGAAGAAGAAGAGUUCGGAAAUGACACCUGAAGAACGAGUGGAUUUUGAAGUGCUGAAAGCCCAGGAGUAUGCCUUGCGGGUAGCCAAGAGAAAUAGAAAACCAAAGAGGAUUACUGCAUUCCCUGAGGAUGAACCACAGUACAGAACAGGUCCUCCACCAAGUAAGCGACAGAAGAAAAACAGAUCACAGCCGAGAACAUCAUUUGAGAAGGAACUGACAAGCACAAGUCGCUCAUCCAUCAAACAAUUCAGGAGCAAAGCGAAUGAAGCUAAAAAGAUGAAGGAGAGAGGGAAGCAACACUCCAAGGGAUCGGGAAAAGGAAAACAACAAUUCAAAGGAAAGCGGAGAUGAGAUCAGAAGAAAGAAAGCUCCCUUUAAAAUUAUGAACAAAUUAUACUCCAAGACAGAACUUGUUCUCUGAAUUAUCUGUUCUCAUGCAAUUGCCAGUACGUGACCUUAGUUUGCAGAUACUAUGGUUGUUGAAUCAUGUUAAAAUGGUCUGAGUUUCAAGACUAGAAGAGAGGAAUGUGUACUGAAGCUGUUCUGCCCCUGAGUAAAGACAGCAAGUUCAAUCAUGUUAAACUUCACUCUGGACCCACUUGUGAAUUUAAGUGUUGAAUAGGCUUUGUGCCUUCAGACUAUCUUGAUCACGCCUUAUGCAUGCAUAACAAUAGAUCAUGCAUAGACUCUUGAUGAUAAUGAAUGAAAAGUGUUAGCAUUUCUAUAGUACUGUCCUGAUUAUCAUCGUCCCCACCAUCAGUGUUAAGAGUACAUUCACGCUCUUUGAUGAAAGGAAAGUACAUUCCUCAAAUGGAAACUUUCCAGGUUGUUAUCUGUUAUAUCUAAAGAAAUGAUAGCAGAUGAUUUUUCAUCUCUUGCCUGAUACCCAUUUGUGUUGUGUUGGGAAAAAGAAAAAUAAAUUAAACAGAAUGGUGUAAGUUUGAAAGAAAUCGGACAAGCAAUAAGAAAGUUAUAGUUGCUUUAAAAUUGAGGACACUAAUACUAAGUAGAUUUCAAAUUGGCAACUGGGUAAGUAAAUUACGACAAGGGGCAAGGACAACUUUCC